AUGCCCGACGCCGCAGAGCAGAACAUUCAGAUGUGGAAGAUGAAAAAGCUCAUCAAGAGCUUGGACUCAGCGAGGGGCGCUGGCACGUCCAUGAUCAGUUUGAUCCUGCCUCCAAAGGAUCAAAUCUCUCGUGCCUCUGGUAUGUUGACGCAAGAAUACGGCACGGCGUCGAACAUCAAGUCUCGCGUGAACAGGCAAUCUGUGUUGGCAGCCAUCACCAGUACACAGCAGCGACUGAAGCUUUACAGUAGAGUCCCUCCGAAUGGGCUGGUCUUAUUUGUGGGCACGAUCUUGACUGAUGAAGGAAAGGAGAAGAAGGUGUCCUUCGAUUUCGAACCGCAUAAACCGAUCAAUACAUCACUUUACCUGUGUGACAAUAAAUUCCACACCGAGGCACUAUCAGAGCUGCUUGAAUCUGACCAGCGAUUUGGUUUCAUCGUGAUGGACGGUAAUGGCUCCUUGUUUGGUACACUUGCUGGCAAUACUCGUGAGGUAAUUCAUAAAUUCACCGUCGACCUUCCGAAAAAGCAUGGCCGAGGUGGUCAGUCGGCACUGCGUUUCUCACGUCUUCGAGAUGAAAAACGUCACAACUACGUCCGUAAGGUCGCUGAGCUGGCUGUUCAGCAUUUCAUUACGAACGACAAGGUUAAUGUUGCUGGACUCGUACUUGCUGGAAGUGCCGACUUCAAGACCGAAUUGAGUCAGAGUGAUAUGCUGGAUCAGCGAUUAGCCGCGAAGAUCAUCAAGGUCGUUGAUGUCAGCUAUGGCGGUGAAAAUGGUUUCAAUCAGGCAAUAGAACUAGCGGCGGAGUCACUUGCCAACGUCAAGUUUGUGCAAGAAAAGAGGCUGAUACAGAGAUAUUUCGACGAGAUCAGCCAAGAUACCGGAAAAUACUGCUUUGGUGUCGAUGACACGUUGAAGGGUCUUGAACUCGGCGCGAUCGAGACCUUAAUCGUCUGGGAGAACUUGGACAUCAUGCGCUAUGUUCUUCGCAAUGCUGCCGGAGAGGAGAUAGUUGUCCACGCCAGUAAAGAGCAGGAGAAAGACCGAGAGAAGUUCGUAGACAAAUCGAACGGUUUAGAGAUGGAACAGGCACAGGAACCUGAGCCGCUUCUUGAAUGGUUCGCUGACAAGUACAAGGAGUUCGGGGCAAAUCUUGAAUUUGUUACCGAUAAGUCUCAAGAAGGCGCACAAUUCGUCAAAGGUUUCGGUGGUAUCGGCGGAAUUCUCCGGUACAAGGUCGACUUCACGAACCUUGCAACAUUUGAUGAAGACGAAGAUGAAUUCUUCUCUGAUGACGAUGACAUCUGA